AUGGCUGUGACAAAUGACUCUUUGGUGAUGGAAUUCAUUCUCUUGGGGAUAACUGAAGAGCCUGGCCUCCAAGUACCCCUCUUCUUCCUCUUUCUAGUAAUAUAUCUGAUAACUACUUUAGGAAAUUUGGCCUUGAUCAUUCUAAUUGUGCUGAAUUCUCACCUUCACACACCCAUGUACUUUUUUCUCUUUAACUUGUCACUCAUAGACCUCUGUUAUUCUUCAGUGAUUACACCCAAAAUGUUGAUGAACUUCUUACUGGAGAAGAAUGUUAUAUCUUACACAGGGUGCAUGACCCAGCUCUACUUGUUCUGCUUUUUUGGCAUUUCUGAAUAUUAUGUUCUAACUGCAAUGGCCUAUGAUCGUUAUGUGGCUAUCUGUAAUCCACUCUUGUAUAACAUUUCUAUGUCCCCUAAGGUUUGCUUCUAUCUUAUUCUGGCCUCAUAUUUGACGGGACUUUCUGAUGCCAUGAUCCACACUGGUUCCAUGCUUCAACUGACCUUCUGUGAUAGAAACACCAUCAACCAUUACUUCUGUGACCUCCUCCCUUUGCUACAGCUCUCCUGCAGCAGCACCUAUGUUAAUGAGAUGGAACUGUUCAUUGUAUCAGGAAAGGACAUUGUUGUUCCUACUGCCAUUAUUCUUACCUCUUAUGGCUUCAUUCUUCAUAGCAUAUUCCAGGUAAGGUCCGCUGAGAGCAAAUACAAAGCGUUCAGUACCUGCAGUUCUCAUAUAUUUGCUGUUUCUCUGUUUUUUGGAUCAAGCACAUUUAUGUACCUUCAACCCUCCUCAGCUGGGUCUAUGGAUGAGGGGAAAAUUUCUUCCAUCUUUUAUACUAUUGUGGUUCCCAUGAUGAAUCCCUUAAUCUACAGCCUGAGGAACAAAGAUGUUAAAGUUGCCUUAAGAAGAACCCUGAUUAGAAUGUAUUGA